AAUCAGUUGAAAAAGAAGGUUUAAGCUCGCACUAAAUAGCUUAGUGUUUAUGAAGAGAAGCAUUUAGAGAAUAAUUUUGCUGCCAUCAGUCUAAGAGGAAGGUCCAAUAGUUGGACAUAGCACAGUGAAAGAGGACUCAGCAACAUGGCUGGAAAAGCAUCAACAUCAAAACCUAAUAUAGGUCUCAGCGGCACUGGUGGCCUUUCACAUGCUUACAUUCAGUAUCCACCAUUUCGGUGCAAUGUUCCUGGAUCAAAGGGAUUGUUUUAUGAUGAUGGAAACAAAUUGCUACUCUCUCCAACAGCUGAUCAAGUGUUUUCAUGGAAAGUUGUUCCCUUUGAUCCUCUUAUUGAUCCCACCACUGAUUCAAUAAGUGAGGGGCCUAUUUUAGCUAUUCGAUACUCUUUAAACACAAAGGUUAUCGCGAUCCAACGAUCGAACCAUGAGAUACAAUUUCAGAUCAGAGAGACAAGGGAAACUUUUAGCCAUAAGUGCAGGCCAGAAUCAGAAAGCAUACUUGGUUUUUUUUGGACUGAUAGCCAACAAUGUGAUAUUGUAAUUGUUAAGACCAGUGGUCUAGACUUGUAUGCAUAUAAUUCAGCCUCUAAAUCACUUCAAUUGGUCGAAACAAAGAAAAUCAAUGUGAGUUGGUACGUUUACACACAUGAAAGUCGGUUGGUUCUUCUUGCUUCUGGAAUGCAGUGCAAGACAUUCCAUGGAUUUCAGAUUUCAUCUGCAGAUAUUGUUCGCUUGCCAAGGUUUGACAUGGUUAUGGCCAAAUCUGAGGCCAAUAGUAAGCCUGUUUUAGCAGCUGAAGACAUCUUUAUUAUCACUGUUUAUGGUAGGAUAUAUUGCUUGCAAGUUGAUAGAGUUGCUAUGCUACUCCAUUCAUAUAGGCUAUAUCGUGAUGCUGUGAUUCAGCAGGGUUCUCUACCAAUAUAUUCCAGCAGGGUUGCUGUGAGUGUGGUUGACAAUGUACUUCUUAUCCAUCAAAUUGAAGCAAAGGUUGUCAUACUUUAUGAUCUCUUUGCAGAUUCUCGAGCUCCAAUAUCUGCACCCCUUCCUUUAUUGCUAAGAGGUUUUCCUAGGUCCAGUACUACUACGUCUCAAUCUAGUGGUAGAGAAAGUCAGAGUUCAUACAGUAACGUGAGUAAUCAUGAAGCAGUUACCUAUGCCGAUUCAUGGACUUUUCUAGUGCCUGACCUUGUAUGUGAUGUGACCAACAAGUUAUUAUGGAAGUUUCAUUUAGACUUAGAGGCAAUUUCUGCCAGUAUCUCAGAGGCCCCAUCAAUAUUAGAGUUCCUGCAGCGGAGGAAGUUGGAAGCUAACAAGGCAAAACAAUUGUGCUUAGGUAUAAUUCGAACACUUAUUCUGGAGCAUAGGCCUGUACCUGUAGUUGCCAAAGCUAUACACGUAGUGGUUACCUCAUACUCUCAUUCAAUUAAGACCGGUAGCUAUCUUAAGGGCCUGAAGCCAGAGAAGCCAUCGGCAUCUAGUGUACAAAAUGCUGGUGCUGAUGUAUCUGCUGUAGGAACAAAUGCAAUUGGAAAAUCAAUUGCACAUGAAUCCGAUGCAAGGGUGGACAGAGGAUCUUCUAGUAAAGCUUUAAGUCUGGAUUCUGAGGAUGAGUCCCGUACUGCAAAUCCAAAACGCAAUUCAAAGGAGACCCAAGUUGGGGAUGAAGUGAAUGAUGAGAACUCCUCUGGAACUGAAGUUCAUAAUGCUCAUGUUACGCAAUCAUCUCUGCAGCUUGGGCAAGAGGAAUCCCAACUCGCCUCCGCAGCAAUUUCGCCAGAUGAGAUGUACAGCUUUGUCUUUUCUCCCAUUGAUGAAGAGAUGGUUGGAGACCCUUCUUACUUGGUUGCCAUCAUUAUUGAAUUCCUUCACAGUGCAAAUGUGGAAAAGAUUCGAGCACUCCCAAAUCUGUAUGUAUUGAUAAUUCAAUUGCUGGUCCGCAAUGAACGAUAUGCAGAACUUGGGUUGUUUGUCAUAAACAAGAUUUUGGAGCCCUCUAAGGAAGUUGCACUACAGCUCCUAGAGUCUGGUCGUCAGAAUACGCAAACUAGGAAGCUUGGACUGGACAUGCUGAGACAGCUUGGUUUACAUCAUGAUUAUGUGAUGCUGCUACUGCAAGAUGGAUACCACAUGCAAGCAUUACGAUAUGCACGGAAAUUCAAGGUGGAUAGCAUCCGGCCGGCAUUGUUCUUGGAAGCAGCAUUUGUUUCCAAUGACAGUCAACGUCUUGCUGCAGUUCUAAGGUUCUUUGUAGAUUUCCUUCCUGGCUUCAAGAACACCUUAGACCAUAAUAGAUACCUCCGCAUACUGAAUGAGAUGAACACAUCCAUGACUGCUUGAGAAGUCUUUAUAGAAACUAAUAAAAACUGUAUUUAGGGAAAAUUUUGGGCCGGAUUCUCAUUUGGUACCUUUUUUAAGUGUGGGGUUAUCUCGUUAAAGUUGAUGUUGAUAUCUAGAAGAUAUGUGAUGGAUUCUAGCAAUAGAUUCAUGUUGUAUGUUAAGCUGCGUUUGCAACUGAGAUUGAGAAAUAGAGACUAAGAGACAAAUACUAAAUUAAGUCUGUGUUUGGUGUAAAAUGUAUAGGAAUGAGUUA